GGCACCUUUACUUCCUGCUUUGCGAGAGGGGAGCCCUCACUCCAAUAUCCCGGCGAAGAAGGAUCAUUAUUAUUGAUUGAGCCUUUGCUUCAGCAUCCGUAAAGACAGUGUCUGAGCUGUGCCGGCUGCACACAGUCCCCGAGAUUUUGGCUGAAGGGUGGCGGCUCGAGCUGUUGUGUCGCGCGCAGGAAGGCGGCCGCUCCUUCCGACGACAUGGGGAGGAGGGUGGGACGGUGAGGGAGGAAAAAAAAACUUUGCGAGAGCGGGCACGGUAUUCUGCUAAACAUGGCCGCACGGUCUUGUAUGUUCAGGGGAUGCCAUGCACCGGACUGUACAGGGCCGAAGUGCCAUGCCUAAGUGGAGACAGGGGAGGGAGAAACUUUCUUUUUAGUUGCAGAACAUCAGCUCGUUUGGAGAAGGAACAAAUUUAAUAAAGUGCAGACCCAACUCCGCUCGUCUGUCGGGGAGGGGGGUUUCGCUGCGUUGCAGAAAGGAGCGACAGGUUUAAGCGCAAAAAGACUUGGUGCCUAGUGUAUGCAGCCACACCUACCAAACUGAGAUUCCUGUAGUGUACGAGAAACAUUGUCCUGUUCUGGGAGAAGAAGCCAAAAAAAUUUCCAAGUCAGCAAUGAUAGCUCUUAAAUGUGAGCUAAAUGCCAAGCAGUGUCCCCACGGUACUGGAGAACAUCCAUCUGCUUUUCAUCUUCUUUGCCAACAGAGUGGGGCAUGAAAGUCACUUCAGUCAGUGUAUUGAUGGUUUACUUCAAUGGACAACUUUGAGCUGUGCCAUAAAAUUUUUUAUCAAGAUGUGAUGCACCAGUCUAGAUUCAUUUUGACUCCAAGACAAGAUUCUGCAUUGACAACUUGAAAUACAAGGAAAAUUGUAUUAAAAAUUUGCAAUCCACUGUGGCUUAAAGGAAAAUUUUCUCAGGGAACUUGUGGAUUCAAAACUUAUUUUUACUAUUUCUAUGCUUUGUUACGGGCCUGGUAAUCAUUUUGUGAUUUAAAGAUUGAAUUGCCUUAAGAACAAAUGAUGGGAGACCAACCCUUGUACAAGACAAAUCAUGCUGUGAACAACACAGAAAAUCUGUAUUAUCCACAACAGCCGCAGUCGAGCCCUCUGACCAACAUGAGUGGGAAUAUGAACCAUAGCUAUGGAUCUGCAGGCAUGGAUACAUCUCAGACUUCUCCAUCUUCUCCUCAUUUUCCUCCACAUUCAAGGGAAGCUGCAGUAGCAGGAACAAUGCCAGUUGUUACCAAAAGCCUUAGGAUAGAGCCAUCUCGUCCAAACAAUUGGCCUCAUUCUAAUGCUGGCAAUCAUAUUCAUAUGCAGAAUGACAUUAAUAAUCCCUCUAUGAUAUGGACAUCCAAUGCUCAGACUGAUGCUCCAGAUGGAUAUUCUUACGUGUAUUCUUCUUCAGCCAAUGACACCUCCUCGCAGAAGUUGACGAGUGAUGUCUUGCACAAAUUGGACUCCUUCACACAGGUUUUUACAAAUCAGAACCUCAGAAUGCAACAGACUAACAAUGUAGCAUCGAGCCAACCAAGUCAGACUGCCAUGGUCGAGAAUGCACGUGACAGCACUCUUCGGCAACUGUUGUCCCAAAAACCUCCAACUGAACAACAAGCUGCUGUCCAUCCAAUGCAGAGAUUCCAACAUUCCUUAACACAGCAAAUGCAUUGUGGGUUUCCAGUUGCACAAUCUAAGCAGCAGUUACAAGCUAUCCAGUAUCAGCAGCAGCAGCAACAACAACAACAACAGCAGAUGUAUUUUGAGUACCAGCAAUUGCCACAAAUGCCUCAGCACCAGCCUUUACUGCAGCACCAGCAAUCGCAUGUUCAGCAGCUGCAGGCUCAACAGGUGUUGUCCCAGCAGGUUCAGCAACUCCCUCAACAACAAUAUUUUGUACAUCAGCAGUCACCACAACACAGUUCAGUACAGCAUCAGCAGCAGCAGCAAUGCCACAUGCAUUCAGUUCAGUUCUGUCAAUCGCAGCAGAUUUUGUGUCAGUUGCAGCAACCCAUGCAGCCACCACCACCAUAUCAUGGAGACCAAAACCACAAGGCCAUGCAGCAGCCACGUCAGUACUCCCAAGAACAAUCCCACCCUUCUCAGCACAUUCAAAUGGCUGCACCCCCUCAGUAUUUCUACCAAGAUCAACCACACUAUAGGCAAAUGUACCAGCAAAAUCAAUUGCAUCAGCAACAAGAAGAAGCUAUGCAACAGAAACCAUUUUGUGCAGAAAGUAGAAUUCAGGUUUCUCUUGCCCAUCAUGCAAAUACCCCUGCUUCAGAAGGUGCAGAGGAAGUGACAAGGAAGGAGCUAAGUAAGAUGAGUCAUCCUGGGGGUCUUGUGUUACCCCAAAGACCUAUCAUAGCACCAUCUAAUAUUCCUCAUUCAGUCAAGGUAUCUCAACAGCAAUCUCACAAUUAUACUUGGUCUCAGAUUUCUCUGACUGAUGUCAAGCCAGUGGAGUCAACUGUUGAACUCAGUGGCCAAAAUCGGCUUCCGUUCCAGGAAAGGACAGACAUCAAGAACAGGUUGACGUGUACAAUGUGCCACAAAGAGUUCAAGAGUUUACCUGCCCUUAAUGGCCACAUGAGGUCUCAUGGUGGCCAGAGGACAUCUCCCAAACAGGAUGAAGGAGAGAAGCAGCCUAAAGAGGUGGAUAACCUCAUGCCCAUCAUCAUGCCUGUCUCUGUGCCUGUAAAGCUUCAGCCUGCUGAGCCCAGCAAGCAGGCCACCAUUGCCAAGGACAAGCCUGCCAACUGUGUGUCAGAUGACGAAAUGCCAGUCCUCAUGAAGAUGACUGAUUCUCCACCACACGCUCCCAAAGUGGCCCAACCCUGCUCGUCCUCUGAAUCUAUCCGAAAGUGUCAACCCAGUGGUUCACAGUCAGAAGAUAGCUACAGAACUCAGCAAGACAAAAAGAAGUAUCGACAUAGACCAGAGCCUCUCUACAUCCCUCCACCUUCUGUCAACCUCUCUGCUUCAUAUCAAGGUGCUACACUGUACCAAAGUCAGCUUCGUUCACCAAGAAUCAUGGGAGACCACCUGCUGGACAGGACACACGAGCUCCCACCGUACACACCACCCCCGAUGUUAAGUCCAGUGAGACAGGGCUCUGGCCUUUUCAGCAGUGUCAUUUCAUCUUCGUAUGUUGGCACUUAUUCUGCACUGCCGCUCACCCCUUCAACGCCACGCAUCCUGCUUGGUCGUGCUAAUAGCAUUGAUGCAUUGACAAUAACUCCUGGUCCUGGGGAGCAAACUGUUGAUAUUGAACCGCGAAUCAAUAUGGGAUUGCGAUUUCAAGCGGCAAUUCCAGCAUUGCGAGACAGGUCAUUGGUUGAAAAUGAUGUCUCCAAAGCAGAUCUGGUGUGGAAGCCUUGGUGUGAACUGGAUGACCCAGAAGCUCAACAAAAAGUGGAAGACCUGCUGAACAUGGCUUGUUCUAGUGUAGUACCAGGUGGUGGGACAAAUCGAGAACUUGCUCUCCAUUGUCUUUUUGAGGCACAUGGUAACAUUUUGGUAGCUGUGGAUAUUUUACUGAUGAAGAUGCCUAUUAAAGCUAAAUCUCAUCCACUGGCUGAUUAUCACUAUGCUGGCUCUGACAAGUGGACAACAGCAGAAAGGAAAUUAUUCAACAAAGCUUUGAGUAUACAUAACAAGGACUUCUUCCUGGUUCAGAAAAUGAUCAAGUCAAAGACUGUAGCACAGUGUGUUGAAUAUUACUAUACUUGGAAGAAGGUCUUGCGAUUAGGUCGAAGACACAGGACCCGCCUUGCAGAAAUGGAGGCAGAGAGAAUGUUUAGUGAUGAAGAUGAAGAUUUAGAGGAUGAAGAGGAACAAGAUAGGAAAUCAAAUCAAGAUGAUAAUGCAGAGGUAGAAAAUUCCCCUUUGCCACUACAGAUGAUGACUGUGGAGCAGCCAGGUGUUCAGGGCCCCACAUUUAUGUGUGAAAUGCCAAAUUGUGGUGCGACAUUCAGCUCCAGGCAGGCUUUAAACGGCCAUGCACGUAUUCAUGGUGGCUCGAACCAAACUCCAAAACUGACUUCUGCGGCUAAACAUAAAGUGGGAGGAUUUCAGCCUGGUUACACCUCUGUGAAGAACUCUCCUGCACACAGUACAACAAGUGGUGAAACAGAUGCUGCUACAAUUUUCCCAUGCAAGGAAUGUGGAAAGAUGUUCUACAAGAUUAAAAGUAGAAAUGCUCACAUGAAAACGCACAAACAGCAGGAGGAACAGCAGCGACAAAAGGCACAGAAAGCUCUUGAAGUUGGUGAAAUAGCAACUAUAGCCAGACCUGCUACACCAGUAGUAUCUGUGUUACUUCAUCCAGAUCACAUGAGUAUGGUUAAGCGACACAUGGAAGUGGAGGAUAAUGACAUUAUUCAGGACUUCGAAGAUGUGAUGGAGGAAUCGGAUGUCAUGGAUACAGACUUACUUUUAGAUGGAGACGAUGGAGAAUUUCUCCAGGAUGAUGACUUGUAAAUCUGUUUUUUUUAUUAUUAUCCAAUAUAAAAUGUAACUCAAUUACAAUUAAUUGAACAAACUAGCUACUUUUUCGAAGUCAACAGUAGUCCUAAGGCUAGUUCAAAUGCAGUAUGCAAAAGAAAACCAGGUGAGUUGUACAUAAAUAAUACUGCUUUUGACUUGUGUCUAUCAUUCAUACCAUUACAAAGACCAUACAAAGACUUCUGGACUUUUACAUUUCCCUCAGCUGCUUGUUAAAAGUUAUUUCAAAGCAUUGAAACCAAACGGGUUUUUUGCUAAAGAGAAAGGUUUGUCUUCAGUUAAAGUUUCAGAAAUUGAAUUGUCUACUUUCCUAUAGAUUGAAACAAAAAAGCUGUAAAUAAGGUUCAAAAUUAUAUAUAUUUUAAAAGAAAUGGUAAAAUCUGAUUUGUUUAUGGAUUUAUUUAACUGCUGUUCUUUGUUAUCCAGAGGUAGGGUGUAAAUACUUUAUAUUCCAAAACUCUAUUACAAAAGCAAAAUAUUUUUGAAAGUAAAAAAGUCAAAAUGCCUAAGAAUGAAGAUCUUUCACGGGGGCUAUCUUCUGUUAUUACAAUGUUGUACAGAUUUAUGAAAGCUUUAUUUUAUUAAUUUUGGGGUACUGAUAGUGGCCAGAUUGCAUGCCUUUUACUCCAUUAUGUAAUUUAUUUUUUUUAAAUUGCACUGUUAAGUGUUUUCCUUAAGGAGUGUAUGGAGCCCUUUCCAUACUUUAUCUUAUUUCUGCUAUACCUAGAUGCAGUGUCCUUGUCACGAUAUAAAUUAAGCACUAUGUAUAGACCAGUGAAUGAUUCACUUCAUGAAAUGCUUUUGUUGUAUAUUGGGGGGGGAAAAAAACAAGUCUUUAGGAAAAUGUCUGUGCCAUGCUCUUGGAAAGCCUGUUAAAGUAAUGGCAUCUUUAAAAUAAGCAGUAUUUUCUUGUGAAUUUAAUACUUGCUCUCACAAGAUCGUUGUACUCGAAUAUGUACCAAAUUUUUUUUUAAAGAAAAUGUGAUGGGAUUGACACUGAUGGAUUUUUUUCCUUGUUAAACUAAUCCAAGAAAGUGAUUCAUUUUUUUAAAUUUUUCUGCCCUCUAGAGUUCAUUAAUAAAAGCUAUUUUGAAAAGAAUUCCAUUAUGCAAGAAUUUGCUUGCAAACUAUUGACUGUUUCUCAAAUUGAAUUGGAAUACAUCAUGAUAUUUAAUGUAUAACGUUUCAAUAUCUUACCCUAAACCAGGGAAUUAUCUGACUGAUAACUCCAGUGGGUCCUGAUGCCAGACUUGAUACAUAUUUCUUCUAUGACUUUACAUGUAAACUUGUGUAUUAGGAGCAAGAUUGGACCACUUGGGUUCUCAAGCCUGCUAUACCCUUCAGUAAGAUCAUAGCUAAUUGGAUUACUCCACAAUUCCACCUAUCCUUGACCACCUUUCACUUCCUUGCUUUUCAAGAAUCUAUCUACCUCUGCCUUCAAAAUAUUCCAUGACUUUGCUUGCACUGCCUUUUAACAAGAACAUUCCAAAGAUAUUUAACCUUUUACGAAACAAUGUUGCUUCGUCUCUAUCUUUAAAUGAGUGUCCUGUUGUCGAGUAUUUCUCAUGUAAGUAAAUAUUCUUUCUAUGGGCAUCUUGUUAAUAUCACUCAGGAUCUUGUGUUUCAAUCAUGUCAUCUCUUACUCUUCUAACUCCAGAUACAGGCCUAACCUGUCCAACCUUGCCUCAAGACAACCAUCCCAUUCCAGAUAUUAGUGAAAAACCUCCUCUGAACGAUUUUGAAUACAUUAAUCCAUCAUUAACAAGGAGACCAAUGUUGGACAUAGCACUGCAUAUGUAGUUAUAUAUUUAUAUAUAACUAUAGUUAUAUAGUUAUAUAUAUUUGUCUUUUGUGAAGACAGAACCAAAAUAUAUUCUGCCAUAUCUUUGUCUCCUGUCAUAAUUUCCCCAGCUUCUGGCUGUCAGGCAGCAACAUUUGUCUUUACUAGUUUUGUUCUCUUCACAUAAUUAUAGAAACUGACCGUAAAAGCUUCUAUGUUUCCAAUCAUUUUACUCUACUAUUUCCUCAUUCUCGAUCAAACUUUGUGUCCUCUUUUGCAGAACUCUAAAAUGCUCCCAACUUUCAGACUACUUCUAGCAGUUUUAUAUGUCUCCUCAUUGGAUUCAAAACACUCCUAAUUUCUUUUGCCAGCCGAGGUUGAACCACCUUUCUUCUUUUGUAUUUGCACAAAACAGGAAUCAAUAAUUCUAAUUUAUACAAAUAUUCUUCCAAUAUGUACUACUGCCCAGCCACCGUACUGGUGCGGCAGGACUGUCAUUCAAGGAGAGAUUGGUUUGACUGAGCCUGUAUUCACUUGAGUUUAGAAGGAUGAAAGGAGAUCUGCGUACUAUCAAACCCUCUGGUAAGGUUCCCUAGUCCAUCCUUGCCAGUUCAGGCCUCAUAUUGUCAGAGUUCCCUUUUAUUCAGCGUAAGGAUCCUAGUUUUGGAUUCAACUACUGACUCUCAAUCUUAAUGAGAAGUUCUUUCCUAUUAUGGGCGCUCUUCCCCAAGGAAUCACAACAAGAUUGUUAAUCAGUCGUUUCUCAUUGCACAGUGUCAGUCUAGAAUGACCUGUUCUCUGGUUGGUUCCUCAAUGUACUGGUCUACAAAGCCUUCAUGUACAUGCUGCAGGAAAUCCUCCUCCUUAAUAUCAUUGGUAGUUUGGAUUGUCCAAUCUAUAAAUAGAUUGAAGUCACGCAUGAUUACAGUUAAAGAGUCAGAGGGAUGUACAGCACAGAAACAACUCAUUCAUGCCAACCAGAUAUCCUAAAUUAAUCUAGUCCCAUUUGCCAGUAUUUGGCCCAUAUCCCUCUAAACCAUUCGA